AUCGCCGUCGUCUGCCCGCUGGGCGGCACCGCCGCUGUUUGCCGGUGUCUGAAGGCGAAAGGAGAGGUGGGUUAGAGCGGCGGCUCGGCGCCGACCAAGUGGGUGUCAGAGGGGGCUUGUCCUGUCACCAUGAGUAGCCCUCCGGCCUUGGGAGCGGCGGCGGGGCUGCCCGCCUGGAAGCGAGCCAUUCUGGAACGAAAGCGGGCCAAGCUGGCCGCCGGCGUGGAACUCCAGCGAGGCUUGGCGGCAGACACGAAGCCGCCGCCAGGGUCAGGGAAGGAGUGCGAGGAGGCUGGGGCGAAGGAGCGGUUAGUGGUGGCCGAAAGUCUGGGCCCUCUAAGAGAGAACCCCUUCAUGAGGCUGGAGGGCGAGCGGAGGCGGCGGCGCAGGCGGAUUUUGCCUUCUUCACCUCGGCCUGCCUUAUCUUCUUCCACCACCUCUGCGGCAGCCGCCUCAUUCUCGGAGCCUCCGGCCUUGGCACAGCUGCUGGAACUAUACAGUUCCGUCCCGGGCAUCCGCACCAUCCGCGCCGAUAACAUCCUCAUCAUCGAAUCCCGGGAAGCAGAAUUUGCCCCGGCGGCUCCAGGACCGACCCAGAAGGAAGGAGACAGCAGCGACUCCACACCACGGGAGCAACCAGCUUCCUCAUCUUCCCCAUCGCCGCCUCCGAGCUCCCCUUGUGGCAGAGAUCCGGUCCGUGAUCUGGUAUCGCGUGGUGGGUCUGCUGUCACCGAGAUCCGGGCUGCUGAAGUUGUCAUCUAUGAGUCUGAGUCAUCGCUGCUGUCUCCGUCACCCUUUGCUGGGACUGGGGAUCCUGAGCCUGAAACCGGCAGGGUCAGCCGGCUGCUGCAGAAAUUUGACCGGCGGCCCAGGGGCAAUGUGGGACGCGGGAGGUGGAGGGCUGGCGAGACCCCUCGACUGCAGCCUGUGGUGCCAAACCCUUUCCAAGAAGGCACUCCUGCGCUGUUGUCUCUUACAGCCCGUCCUAGUUCUCCACGAAGCAUUCAUCCAACAGGAGGCUUUGUGCAGAAGACUGGCUCCAAUUCGUUCAUGGUGAACCCCCGUGGAUGCUGCCCUGUACCUGCAAAUUCCACCCCUGCACUUAGUAACGGGCCUGUGGUGGCUGCUGCACUAGUUCCACCUGGGGGCAGAAAUCAACAGGCCGUAGCUGCACCCAAGCCAGUGCCAUCGCCAAGCUCUGCUGCUGCCUUGCCGACUCGAGCCAACUCAUGGAAGCCAAAGCCUGAAGGGACCCCUGAGACCUCACAGCUACAAGCCCAGCAGUCUAGUGCCAGUUUGGAUAGCAGUGCCACAGCCAACUUGGCCCAGCCCCCACCACUCCUUUGUUCUAAUGGCUCCUUUGAGAUCCGCCCAGCCCCCAAACCAGACCUGGCUGCCAUCCCUGCUCAUGAUCUCCAAGCACAGGCCUUGGCCAGCCUGCGCCUCAACUCUCGAAACUCCUUUCUUUUUGUGCCCCAUCGGAAAGGAGAAGCCUCUGGACCAUUGGGACCUACUGAAGUCCCCCCAGCUUUGCCAGGAGGGGUACUGCCAGCUGCCCCAGAGAAGCGGGUUGAGACUUUGGUGCCUGUGACUUACAUCGAUGAGGACUUGGUUGAACUGGACUUUGGAGACUUCCCCCCCUUGAAAGUCCUGAGUCCAAGGCUUGAGGGCUUUGAUGUGCUCCAAGAAGGUGAUUCCUCCAUUGGGAUGGAGGACUUAGCUGUGCCCAUGUACAGGCCCCACCCUGCUGAUUAUGCCACCCUCUCUGAGAAAGGUAGUAAUACCUUUACCAUCGUGCCCAAAAGGAAACCUCCUAGUGCUGCACUGGAGACCUUCAGCAGAGCUCAGCUGCCAGAGGAAGAGGAGGAGGAAGAAGAAGAAGAAAGCCGAGCCAAAGCUAGGAGUGAUGUAGCCCACCAGGAUUUGGGUCAGCUUCUCAAAAAACGUUACCCUACUGUGAAUGAGAUUGAGGUGAUAGGGGGUUAUCUCUCCUUGGAUAGGUCCUGCAUGAGCAAAUCAGGUUCUCGCCGAAAAAAGAUGAAGAUCUCUUUCAAUGAAACCAGCCUUCAAACUAUGUUUGAAUACCCAUCAGAGAGCUCCUUGGUGGAGGCAGAGGAGGAAGAAGAGUAUGAAACAGAAGUGGAUGAAAAACCUGCCUUGUUCAUUCCUCGCCCAAACAGUAUCCAGAACUCAAAUGCAGUGAACUCAGGCUUAUCAAGUUAUACCCCAAAGCACUCAGUUGAAUUCAGCAAGUGGCAGGAGCAGCAGUAUGAGGAGAUUCCUCCAAGCACAGGGGCCUUUCCACAGGAUGCUGCCCUUCCUGGCAACCAAGUCAUGCUCACUCCAGCAGACAAGAGCAGCCUUUCUGACUUUGGCAGUGAACCUGCCCUGUACUUCUGACUACUAGUCUGACUUGGUGCUGAAUAGAGACCGCUCCAAAAUUCCUGGUCUCCUUCCCUGCAGAUGUCUGCAGAAACUCUUAAUGGGAGAACAAGGUGGGCAUUUGUAGCCAAGUUGCUCUCCCUUAUUGGGUACCAAGAAGCCAUUUGGGUUGGGGCAGCUAUGUAUUUACACUGUAUUUUGGUGCAUGACUUGUUCUGAAGCAGCCUGCUUGUUCUACCUGUGACCUUACUAGUUCUGUUCAAGACCAACUGCUGAAUAAUGGGGAACGUCUUUGGAUGUGAAUCACCAUUUUAUUGGAGAGUGGUUCAAGAGGAGACUCAACUGGAUUGUGACUGGACUGCUGAUUCCACACUUUCAGCCAGGCAUGUCUGAACUGGCUUUACAAUUAGCUUUGGUGCUGGAUCUAUGCAUACAAGGGGUAAUUUGAGAGACACUACUUAAUGGAAAACACCAUCAUGGAAUUCAUCUAGACACAUAAGUGCUCUGAGACUCAAGUUUGGAGUCUGAUUUUUCCAUUAUGCAAAUAAUGGACAGUGAUGUUGCCUCUUUGGGAUGAUUAAAGAACAAGGGGGAAAUGUUCUUUAAUAGAAAAAGUAAACUUCGGAAUCAUUUCCCAGCCUUACAAGAACUGAUAUUGAUAUAUACUUUUAACAAAGACCAAUAUCUGAACAUACCUAAGGUUACUUUCAAACAAGCAUGAGGCAGUUACUUACACUUAGUUUGUGGCAAUUUUAACUAACUUUGCAAAGUUAGCUGAAACCCCAAAUUCUGGUUGAGCUGAGCAACCACAUGCAUACUUAGAAGCUGUGGAUAACAGUUUGACAAUAGCCAGGACUAUAGGUGAGCAGCUCUCCACAUAAUCUGUGUCUUGUAGUGAAUGGUGACUUCAUGAACAAUUAAGUUUAAUACAACCCUAAGUACUGCUUCAUUAGCUGUGGAGCAGAGGUCUUGUCCAGUUCUCCCCUGGGAGAUCCACAGCUCCUAGAUCCCAGGAUUUCACAUCUUCUAGAAUGACUGAUGGGACAAGCAGUCUCCAUCCAUGUCUGUGGUUGGAGAAAAAUUCUUAUUGCUUUUCUCUCCUUCCUCUUUAAGUUGCAGCAAUGGCCUUUUAUGACCAUGUUCUCUAGAAGGAGCUGAUGUAGUAGCCAGAAAGUGUGUCCUGUAUUUGGAUGGCUUUUGCAGUAACUGUUCUACAUGGCAAUUUACUAUGCUCACAUUAGGGAAGUGAGAUUAAGUACUGUAAAUUUGACAUCAAAAUUGCACUCCUUGGAAGAACAAAACAUUAUCUGUACUUGGAGGGGUGUGUGUAGAAAAUAUGGUUGAAAUUAAUGUGUGUCAAUGAAAAUGACAGAUCUUUGUCCAGUCCUACUCCAAAGGACCAAGACUUCUACUUGGAAACUUACUGAUUUUUUUUGUUUAGAAUGUCAAAAUCAAAUUGAUCUUAUUUACUAUGAUGAAUUAUAAAAUGCUCUGUAUUUUGCACUUGAGAACAGUUUAUUGGAGGAAGUGAGAAUCUUAGAUCAUGUACUCAGCUGCCCAUUGUUGCUGGGUCUGGCUGGAGGGGCCAAACUACUCUUAUUUGUCAUUCCCCUUCCCCCAGGAAUGGUAUCACUUUGUGCUUCCAAAGCUCAUUAAACUACACAAGUGAUUUCUUCA